CUUUCAUUAUUUGUUUCGUUUGGGUAAUUAUUUCCACUCUAGUGCAAGUGAGCAACCGCUGAUCUGUCUGUAAAUGCACAAGUGCCUUGCCGGGCUCACACACAAAAGCACUUUUGUUUUUUUUAACCCCCCGCUAGCAAAAAUUGUUCCCCUUCCUUCCUCACUCCUUCUCUCUCAUCCACCACCUCGACGCUUUGCGCCGCUAAGCGAUGGCGAUGGUCAUGACUGACGCCGACGCCGCCACCGCCACUGCCACCGCCGACGCCGCCACCGCCACCGCCACCGCCACCGCCGACGCCGCCACCGCCACCGUCGACGCCGACUCCGUCACCGCCACCGCCGCAGAGAAGCCGAAGCACGCCGAGAAGCCGGACUACGCCCCCUACAACGGCGCUUCCACCGCAGAUGGCGGCACGGGCGCCCGCGUCCGCCGCGGCGGCGGCGUGGUGGAUUCGGUGGUGGCGCGGUGGCGGCGGGAGGACAUGCUCGACAAGAGCCCCCUCGCGCUGCAUGCCGCGGCCGCGGUCUUCGCCUUCGUCGCUCUCGUGCUUGUCGCGUCCAACCAGCACGGCGACUGGAUGCAGUUCGACCGGUACCAGGAGUACAAGUACCUGCUUUCCAUCGCGUCGCUGGCGCUACUCUACUCGCUGGCGCAGGCGGCGCGGCACGCGCACCGGAUGCGCGGCGGCGUCGACCCCAUCUCCUCAGCAUCUGGGAGGCUUCUUGAUUUCGUUGGUGAUCAGGUAGUUGCGUACUUGCUGAUGUCUGCGCUGUCGGCUGCUGCCCCGAUCACGAACCGCAUGAGAUCUGCAGUUGUCAAUAACUUCACAGAUGCAACCGCUGCAGCAAUCAGCAUGACCUUCUUUGCAUUUGCAGCUCUUGCCUUGUCGGCAGUGGUUUCUGGUUACAAGCUCUCCAAACAAACAUACAUGUGAAUCAUCGUCGUAGAAGUAAAACCCAUUAGGCCUUGUUUGGUUGCACAAGGAUCGAAUGGGAUUGAGGGGAAUUAAAUCCAUUCUUGUUUAAUUUUGACUAGAAAGAGAUUUAAUCUGCUCCGAUCCCCUUCAAUCCCUUACAAACCGAAGAAGCCCUUAGGUGGAAUAUUCAUUAUGGAUUGCUUAGCCAAAGAAGAGAAACCUCUGAUGCUUCUCUUCAACUUGAAGGUCAUCUGUUAUGUGUUACGGUGAUUGUUGUUGCUUGCAGUAGCUUCCAUGUGUGUACAUAGAAUUAUAGGAUUCCUGAAUAUUAUUGUUUUCCUUUCUAAGAUAUUCCUGUUAUAAUCAGAAGUAGAGCUGUAUGCUUAUUUCAGGGCUCAUGAUUUUCCUUUACCUCUGAAAAGCGAAAUGUUUGCUGCCCUAAUUGUAACAUGCAACUUUGCGCUGCGUUCAUUACUGUCGGAAAUUUUCUGGUUAAAUUUCUAAUUGA